CUUCGCUCAGUGUUUGCUCGCUCUCGGGGACAGUUUGGUGGAAACACAGAAAGACCAGGAMACGCAGGACAUCGAUUCAAUCUGCAGGAUUCACCACGUUUCCUCUGAAGAGACCUCGACUCUGGAGCUGUGAGAGAAGAGGCUGACCUGGUGCCAUGGAGGAACUGGCCCGGGAGAGCAUCAGCCUKCUGGCCCGGUCUGCUUCCCACACUGACCCACCAGGACUGGGCUCGUUCGGAGCCGUGUUCAUCAUGCUGAAGUCCGCUCUGGGAGCUGGGCUGCUCAACUUCCCCUGGGCCUUUCAGAAGGCCGGAGGAGUGAGUGCUUCCAUCAGUGUGGAGCUGAUAUCUCUGGUGUUCCUCAUCAGUGGCCUCGUCAUCCUCGGUUAUUCGUCAUCGGUCAGCAGGCAGAAAACGUACCAGGACGUUGUGAGAGAAGUGUGCGGACGAGCCGCGGGGCAACUCUGCGAAGUCUGUUUCUGCUUCAACCUCUUCGUGAUCAGCGUGGCCUUCCUGGUGGUGGUGCAGGACCAGCUGGAGAAACUGUGUGUUUCAUUAUAUGAGGCGGUGACCGGGUCGACCGAGGCAGAGAUGCCUCAUCACUGGUACACCGACCAGCGCUUCGCCCUCUUCAUCACCUGCCUCUUCAUCAUCUUACCCUUGUCCAUCCCGAAAGAGAUCGGCAUCCAGAAAUACACGAGUGUGUUAGGGACGCUGGCUGCGACAUAUCUCUGUGUGGCUGUGGUGGUUAAAUUUUACCUGAUGGACAGCAGCAYGAGUGUAACAACUCCAGAGCACAGCCAGGGUUUGAGUUCAUGGGCGUCCAUGUUCAGCGUCGUACCGACCAUCUGCUUCGGCUUCCAGUGCCACGAAGCCUGUAUAGCGAUCUACAGCAGCAUGCAGAACCAAAAUCUCCUCCACUGGGUCGUCAUCUCUGUGCUCUCCAUGCUCUUCUGUUUGCUCAUCUACACUCUGACAGGUGUGUUUGGCUUUCUGACCUUCGGGCGAGACGUUGCCUCAGAUAUUUUGCUGUCAUACCCAGGAAACGACGUGGCCAUGGUCAUCUCCAGACUUCUGUUUGGGAUUUCCAUCGUCACCAUUUAUCCCAUCAUUCUUCUCCUGGGCAGGUCUGUCGUCCUGAACCUGAUGUUGCGAGCUCAGCGACAUCGGCGGGGAAUCGUCACUCGUUCGUUCGAGAGUCGCUGCAGAGUGUUUCUGACGGUGGCCUGGAUCUCCUUCACUCUCCUCAUUGCCAUGUUCGUCCCAGACAUGUCUGACGUCAUCAGCGUCAUCGGAGGAAUCAGCGCCUUUUUCAUCUUCAUCUUUCCUGGUCUUUGCUUAAUGUUCACGAUGCAAACAGAAGACGUCUCUCCAAGAGUCAGAUCCGUUUUAACAGUCUGGGGGGUCAUAACAAUCGUGGUGGGGGUCUUCAUCUUUGGACAGAGCACCACCAUCGCCCUGAUGGAGGUAGUCCACAAGUUCUACUAGUCCCCACCCAGUUUAACCGGCAGCAACUGAGACCUGCGUCUGUAAACAUAGUUUUUAAUUGUACGUGUGUGUGUGUGUGUGUG